AUGGACCUGCUGCUGCUCCAGGGGCUGCUGCUCCUGCCCCUGGCAGCGCUGCUGCUCUACAGGUGCAGCCCCCACGUCCAGUUCCUCUGCAAGGUGGCCUUCUUCAACUGCUGGAUCGUGGCCUUGGCCACCCUGCUGUCCCCCCUGGCCGCCUUCCGGGGACGCUCCGUGGAGAACAUGAGGCUCCUGCGGGCGGCGGUCCUGCCCCUCAAACGCUUCUACGGCAUCAGGAUGCGAGUGAGGGGCUCUGAGCGGCUGCGGCUGCCGGGGCCCUUCGUGAUCGUCUGCAACCACCAGGCUUCCCUGGACCUCAUGGGAAUGGUGGAGGUGAUUCCUGAGCGCUGCGUGCCCAUCGCCAAGCGGGAGCUGCUCUACCUGGGCACGGUGGGCUGGGCCUGCUGGCUCAGUGGCAUCAUCUUCAUUGAGCGCCAGCGCAGGGACGCGGCCAUCGAGGUCAUCACCCGCACUGCCAGCACCAUGAGGAGAGAGAACCUCCGUGUUUGGGUUUUCCCUGAAGGCACCAGGAACCCGGGUAGGUCCAUGCUGCCCUUCAAGCGUGGCGCUUUCCACCUGGCCGUGCAGGCCCAGGUUCCCAUUGUCCCCAUAGUGAUCUCCCCAUACAGGGACUUCUUCAGCCCCGAGGAGAAGAGAUUCACCUCAGGGACCUGCACCAUCCAAGUCCUCCCCAGGGUGGAAACGUGUGGCCUGAGCCCAAAGGAUGUCCCCAAACUGACCGAGAACGUCCGCCAGGCCAUGGCCGAGGCCCUGGCUGAGAUGUCCAUGAGUGACCAUGGGGACCAGGACAUGAAGCAGCCUCUGCUGGGGCCAGGGGAGGACAGGGCCAGCCCCCAGGGCCAGGGGGACACAGCCAGGAGCAGCAAAUAGGCAGAGGGAUCUCAGGGAUACCAAGGAGGUGUCCCUUGUCCCCUGAGGAGGUGUCCUGCAGCCCUGCCAUCGCCCCAGCAGGACGGUGCCCUAAGGGAGCAGAGCAGGGCAGGAUGGGGACCCAAAACAGAGCAAGGUGCCCCCAAAAACAGAGCAAAGUGCCCCCUAAAACCCCUCAUUGUGACUGCAUCCCCUGGAUG